AUGGGAAAUUAAAGUUAGAAGGAGAGGCUUUUAAGAUAUAUUGAUCAAGCAAAAGUAGAAAAACUUAAACAAAUCUUAGAAAUGUCACCUAAUUUAAUUAAUUAAGAUCUUGCAUCAGAUAUACUCCAAACUCCCUUAGUAAGAGCUGUUUGGAGAAAUGAUAAAGCUCUAGUUCAAAUAAUCUUAGACUUUGGUGCAAAUCCAAAUUAAGGAGGUUCCGCAAGUAUCACUCCUCUCAUGUGGGCUUGCAAAAGAGACAAUCUAUAAAUUGUGUCUCUAUUAAUUUAAUCUGGAGCUGAUAUUAAUAUUCGUUCAAAUCAAGGAUUUUCAGCGUUGGAUUAUUCUAUUUUACAUGGUAAUUAUCGACCAGCACUUUAUCUUUUUGAAUUCAUACAAGAAAUUCUCUAGUUUUCAUCCUAUUAUCAAUUUGCUUAAGAUAACGAUUACAGAUAUGUAAAUUACGAAAUUAUGAUAACUCAUUUAAAGUUAAAAACAGAAUACUAACUCAUUCCAAAUAUCUAUGAAAAACCUAAAAAGUAAUAAUUACUUGAUCCUGUUAUUGACCCUAGAGAAACUUGGGGAGACUUCAUAUAUAGACAGAUAGAGUUUUAGAAUCCUCCUUUGGUAGAAAGAGAUGAAUUACCAUCUAAUCUAUAACCUUAAAAUAGAAUUAUAGGCAAAAUUAGGUAAUAAAUUAAUGGGUUACCAGUUGAGAAGAGUAAAUCUCAAUAAUAUAAAAGCAUUAGUCCUUAAAAUCAAAAAAAUGACUCAUUAGCCAAUCAGAACUAAAAUUAAAUUUCAUUUACUUGA